AUGGAUAAUGCCCUUACAGACUCGGGGAGUAAGGGUGCUUCUCAAAGCAGAGUGGUAACUCUCCCGGCCGAGAUGUCUUGUUCAACACUGAGGUCCAAGAGUCUACAAGAGUGUCUGGCAUACCCUAUUUCCGGUUGGGAGCAGUGGCGGAGGCCCAGGCUGGCUCCCUGCGCUACCACGGCGCUUGGGAAGAGUCACCGGGACCCGUUCGCAACCUCCAUGGGCCAGCACAUAGAAAAGGCUACAUUUGCUGGAGUUCAGACUGAACACUGGGGCCAGUUUAUGCACAUCUGUGACAUAAUUAACACUGCCCACGAUGGGCCAAAAGAUGCAGUAAAAGCUUUGAAGAAAAGGAUUUCCAAAAACUACAAUCAUAAAGAAAUCCAACUUACCUUGUCACUUAUUGACAUAUGCAUACAGAACUGUGGUCCAAGUUUCCAGUCUCUGAUUGUGAAGAAGGAAUUUGUUAAAGAUAGUCUAGUUAGGCUGCUGAAUCCCAGAUAUACCUUGCCAACAGACAUUCAGAAUAGAAUUUUGAAUUCCAUUAAGAUGUGGUGGCAGGGUUUCCCAGGAGGUAUGGAGGUAAGUGAAGUGAAAGAAGUGAGAAAGAUGGAUCUCCUUAAGAAAGAUGUUCAGUUUCCUCCAUCAGAUGCUGAAACAGCCAGACAAGAGACUGCUCAGAUCUCACCGAAUCCACCACCAUCUGUUCCUACUGCACCAGCUCUUUCUUCUGUAGUUCCCAAGAACUCCAGUAUUACAUUGGUUCCAGAACAGACUGGAAAACUGCACAGUGAAUUGGAUAUGGUGUAAAUGAAUGUGAGAGUGAUGUCUGCCAUACUGAUGGAGAAUAUUGCUGGGUCUGAGAACUGUGAAGACAAAGAGCUUCUGCAGAAACUUUAUCAGACGGGUCGGGAGAUGCAAGAGAGGAGCAUGGACCUGCUCGUGGUGGUGGAGAAGGAAGAUGUCACUGUUGAGCUAGUUCAAGUGAAUGAGGAUUUUAGUAACACCACCCUUGGAUAUGAGAGGUUUACUCGAAACCAACAAAGGAUUUUGGAGCAAAAUAAGAACCAGGGGGAAGAUGCCAAUACUAGCAGUGAACCUUCUGCCCCAUCCUCUGAUCUCCUUGACCUGAGUCCCAGCCCUCCAACACACAGGGCCACUCUGGGAGAAUACAACACCCUGAAUGCUCAGCUUUCAGACUUAAAUUUCAGCUCUCCAAGUCCUGUUGUAACAAACAACUUGAAACCCAGUCUUCAUCCACAGGUGGAUUUGCUAGCCUCGGAAAAUACAGAAACACCCCUGUUUGCCCAAAGGACCAACCAAAACCUUGCCUCAAGUCAUACAUACGAGAGUUUUCUGGAAUAUUCAAAUUCAGUAUUACUACAGCCGGUUAGUCUACAGAUCAUUCCAGCGACACCAUCAAAGCAGAGACUACCAUCCUUGCCCAGCAAUCAACCAGCGAUGACAAAGAAUGAUUUCCAGCCACCCAAUUACUACGAGGUAAUGGAGUUUGAUCCAUUAGCUCCUGCUGUCACCACAGAAGCUAUUUAUGAAGACACUGAUGUAUAUCACCACAAAGGAGCUCAAAGUCACAAUGACUGUUGA